AGGAAUUAAUUUUAGAAAACAAACAAAUAUUUGAACUCGUCCUAGUAGACACACCCUGAAAUUUUGGAACCCUAGCACUGUUUCCGUCUCCGUUCACCGUCAUCCGCCCUACAACCGCCGCUUCCGAUGGCUCUGCGAGGAGUUUGGCAACUGAAGAAGCUCGUUGUUAGCUAUAGUGAUUGGGGCGGAAGUAGCAGAGGUAUUAGGGCAUUUAUGGAGUCGCAUAUGCCAGCAUUUAAGGAGUCGAAUCCUCAGUUAGAGGUGGCCACUGAAAUGAUUCGUGGUCAGCAUCCACAUUUAAAGGCUUUUUACAAGAACCAUAACGACCGAGUGGUGUGUGUGAAGAAUAUGGAUCCGGAAGAGAUACUUCUGCAUGCAACCAGGCUGAGAAAUGCACUCGGAAGAAAAGUAAUAAAACUGAGGACAAGGCAUGUAACCAAACACCCUAGUGUGCAAGGUACAUGGACAACUGCGUUGAAAUAUUAGGAUGAACAAACCAGGUGUGUGAGAAAGCUACCCUAGUAGUGCUAAGUAAUCCUUUUUUUUUGCCAGUUCAUCAAAUAUUUGUGAACUGGUUAGCGUAAGUUCUUAUGUUGUCUUGAUCAACUGCCAGGAUUUCAAUAGUUCAGGUCAGAUAUAUUUUCUUUGUUGGUUUGGUUUAAGACCUUCUGUUUGUUAAAAGUCAUAGCUUAGCCUUUUAAGUCUCUUUUUGAUUAGUUAUCAUCUUAUUAUGGCUAAGGAAGUGAACUUGUUCAAAUUGUUAGUUUGUAAUAAUAUCUAUCAGAUUCAUCAGA